AUGUUUUCACGAUGUAUAUCAUCCGUCUACAGAUCUUUAAGUCAAAUAUUUCCAAGAAAAAAAUAUCAUCUUUUAUCAAAUUCUGUAUUAGGAAAAAAUAAUACUAAAUUAAUUUUAUCAGCCAUUAUUUAUGAAAUAUCAUUCACAUUUGGCUUAUCAUUAUUUUUACUUUUACUGUUUUAUCAAUUAUCUGGCAAUCUUAUUAUAAUUAUAUUUAUUAUGUGUGGAGUACUAUUCUCACUCUAUGGUUUACAAGAUGCUUUACUUUAUCAACCAAGCGAACCCGAUACAUCACGAUUAAUUGUGCAAACGCCAGACUAUUUUCAUAUGCCUUAUGAAAUAUUAACAAUUCCCACGGCUGAUAAUGAGAAACUACAUGGAUAUUUAAUCAAACAAAUGCAAAAUGGAGAUGAUUGUCCGACAUUAGUGUUUUUCCAUGGAAAUGCUGGAAAUAUUGGUCAUCGACUACAAAAUGUUCAUUUACUCUAUCGUGGAUGUAAUAUUAACAUUCUUCUUUUCGAUUAUCGUGGCUAUGGAAGAUCUACUGGUAAACCAUCCGAAGUAGGUCUCAAUAUGGAUGCACUAGCUGUUUAUGAUUAUGUACGUACACGUACUGAUAUUAAUCAAGAAAAAGUGUUUAUAUUCGGUCGUUCGCUCGGUGGCGCGGUUGCAUUGCAUCUUGCGGCUCAUCUUGCUGAAUCAAAUGGAAUGUUACCAUUGCAUUGUGUGAUUGUUGAGAACACCUUUACAUCAAUACCUGACAUGGGUAAAAGACUUUUUCAAAUUUUUGUAAUCGAUUACAUACCUCAUUGGUGCUUUAAAAAUCUGUAUCAAUCAAUUAAAAUCAUGCGCCAUAUAAAAGUACCAGUACUCUUUAUUUCCGGUGCACAAGAUGAAUUAGUUCCCCCGCCGAUGAUGCGCCAGUUAUUUGAGGAAUGUACAAGUACGAAAAAACAAUUAGUCUCAUUUCCUGAUGGUCAACAUAAUACAACAUGGCUUUCAAAUAAUUACACCACUCAGAUAUAUAGGUUUCUUCAUGAAUGUUCAACGUCGUGUGAAACGGCAUCAUCCACAGCAUCCAAUGACAAUUAA